AUGUCUUCGACCAUCUUCACACAACUGGAGGACGGGGACGACGAGCAGGUGCGCCUGUUUUACGGAGACCCAAAGCCAAAGCGUAAACGGAGAACCAGACAGUCAAUCCAUUUUCGGAAAGAUGGCCAGUCAUCGAGUUUCGUCAACCUCUUUCACACCAUCUUGUUGGCAGCGUGGGCCACCAGCAUUUGCCAGGCGCAGAUGCACGAACUCGGUGCCGUCGUCGCGUCUUACCGCACCUAUAACGAUUCCAUCAACUUCACACACGUGGUGGUGGACUUCCAGACUGGCCGCGUAUACGUGGGGGCCACGAAUUGGCUCUACCAGUUCAAUGCCAGCCUCGAAGUGGAGGCCAACGUGAGGACUGGUCCCGUGGAAGACAGCAUCCAGUGUUUCCCGACGGGCUGCUCGGACCAGCAACUGUCCGCGGUCAACAAUGUGAAUAAAGUGCUAGUCAUUGACCGCGAAGCAGGCAUGCUCAUAGCGUGUGGUAGUGUACACCAGGGUGCCUGCCGGCGGCAUCAGCUGCAGGACAUAGGACAGCACGAGAAGUUGAUUCCAGUGCCAGUUGCAGCCAACGAUGAAAACUCUUCAACGUACGCCUUCAUCGGGCCCGCUAGGUACUCGGGGCUCCUGCCAUCGCGCGUGCUGUACGUCGCGACCACCAAUAGCAGGCUCGGCCCGUACCGGGACGUGGUACCGGCCAUCUGCAGCCGAAGUUUAGAGUCUGGGAAACUGUUUACCAUCAUCGAGCGUUCUUUCUCGUCCAUUGCGCGCGUCGAUGUCAGCUUCCAUUUGCGUGAUUACUAUCUAGUGAACUACGUGCACGGCUUCGAUUCGGGCGAGUACGUCUACUACGCCACCGUGCAGCGGAAGUCGCACCUCAGGGCCCUGGAGGAAUGGGGCUACAUCACCAGGUUGUCUCGCGUCUGUGUGUCCGACGUGGGCUACGACACCUACACCGAAGUGACGUUGCAGUGCCUCGGCGAAGAUGGUACGGAUUUCAAUUUGCUCCAGGACGCCGCCGUGGUGCGUGCCGGCGGAGAUUUAGCCGCCGACUUGAGAGUCGAUCCCGGUUCUGACGUCCUGAUCGGUGUGUUUGCUUUGAGCCGAGAUCAUACAACUCGGCCGGCAGCGUAUUCUGCAAUAUGUGCGUUUUCUUUGUCGGAAAUCGAGCAGCGAUUCACAGAGAAUAUUCAUAUGUGUUACAACGGCAGUGUGCUCACUAGAGAUAUGGAUUACAUCGCUGGAAGCAUCAAUCAGUGUCCGGAGCCUGGGAAAGCUGGAAACAUCCUGAAUUUCUGCAACGAAACUGUAAAGCUGAAUGGAUCUGUGCCAAUAUCUUCAAUGGCUGCUUUAACUUUCUCCAAUACAACGUUAACGGGUGUUGCGAUGGCCACGACCGGUCAACACACUGUUGCCUUUGUAGGGACUGGUGAAGGGACAUUGAAAAAGUUGCUUUUAAGCAGAAGUACAGAAGCUGAAGAGUUUGAGGAAGUAGUUGUAGAUUCUGGAAAUCCAAUUUUAGGUGAUAUAAAUUUAGAUCCCAGUCAACAAUAUAUUUAUGCUGCCUCCCCCUAUAAGAUUAGUAAAAUUCGUAUUGAAGCUUGCCAACAAUACAGUACCUGUGAUAAAUGUCUUCAAGCCAGAAAUCCAUAUUGUGGAUGGUGUUCUUUAGAACGAAGAUGUACAAUAAAAGCUGCCUGCCAGAAUGCUACCUGGUCAUUCAGUGAUCGAAGUUCGCCCAGAUGGCUUUCCUUAGAAACAAAACAAUGCAUAGAUUUUCAAGCUGUGCGACCCGAUCAGUUGCCUUAUAAUAGCAUGUCUGUUGUUGAAUUAGUUAUUAAUCAAUUGCCUCAAUUACCAUAUGGCGCCCAUUACUUGUGUGUUUUUGGAGAGAGUGCACCCAUUCAAGCUCGUGUUACUCAUAGUGGAUUAGCCUGCAUGACACCUUUAGUUACAGCCAGACCACCUAUCUUGCCUAAUGAAGAUCAUGUGAUUGUUAAUCUUGCAGUUCGAUCAAGCGAAACAGAAACAGAUUUUAUACACAGACCUUUUGUAUUUUAUGAUUGUGAAGUCCACAAAACAUGUAAAGCUUGUGUAACAAGUACAUGGGCCUGCAGUUGGUGUGUACAUGAAAAUACAUGUACCAGCAAUGCAACUACAUGUUCAAGAAGAGUGAUAGUUGGUGAAAGUAAUCCACAAAAUUCUCUCAUCAAAGGAAGGCAGCAUUGCCCCAGCUUCAAUAUUGAUGAUGAAAUUCUCUUGCCAAAUGGUGUACGCAAAGAAAUAUCCAUAGGUGUCAAGAAUUUAUUAACACCCUUGGAAGGAUUUCAAUGCGUGGUUGAAAUUGAAGGUGCUAAAGAAAGAGUAUUUGCUAGAGUUAGAGACAACACUGUGAUCUGUGCUGAAAAUAUGUAUUCCUAUGAAGCUGAAUUAGGGCAGGUGCAAGCUUCCUUAACUGUUCUUUGGAAUGGAGAUACUUUUAUUGAUAAAACUAAUGUUACACUGUACAAAUGCCAUCUUCUUGGAAGUCAUGGUGGCCGUGCUGAUUGCUCACUUUGUAUGACGAGGGAAAGGAAGUAUCAGUGUGCUUGGUGUGGUACAUCAUGUAGUUACAGUGAGAGCUGCGUAGAUCCUGUAGCCACAUCUUGUCCACCACCUCAUAUUGAUUGGAUCCAUCCCUUAAGUGGCCCACUAGAAGGAGGCACACUUGUUACUAUUGAAGGAAGCAACUUGGGCUCUAGCGAAGAAGAGAUUCAAGAUAAAGUUACAAUUGGUGGAAUACCUUGUGUUCCUGUUGAAUACAGUAUUUCUGUCAGAAUUGUUUGUCGCACUGGCAUAAAUCUCAGUGGACCAAUGCCAGCUGUGGUUGUUGUAGGAAAUAGAGCUGGAGUAACUAGGGCCCAAGAAAAAUUUCACUAUAAGGCUGUUGAACUGACUGGAAUAUAUCCAAAUGUGGGACCACAGUCUGGUGGUACCAGAUUAUAUCUCAAAGGCUCUAACUUGAACAUAGGUAGUCAAGUAGAAAUUAUGCUGGAUGAUUUACCAUGUCGGGUUGAAAGGUCUUUAGCAAGCAGCAGCCAAAUUAGCUGUAGAACGACCCGAUCCCCUGUGCCUUCAUACUCAGUGUCGCAGCUCAUACUCAAAAUAGAUGGUGCUAAUAUUACAUACCCUUAUCCUUUUACUUACACUGCUGAUCCUACUUUACGAUAUAUUCAUCCUCUGAAAAGUUUUAUGAGUGGAGGUCGUUAUGUGAAAGUAAUGGGCACAAACCUUACUUCAGUUCAACAGCCCAGGAUGGUGGUAUUCAAUGAGCAUAACCUGGUUAAUGAGACGGUAUGUCAAGUUACCAAUGCAUCAACCAUGUUGUGCCCUACCCCCGCUGUGAGGCCCGACUCACUCAAAUUGAGGAGUCAGCACUGGCGCAGCUAUGAUGAAAUGAGGCUGAAAAUUGGUUUUGUAAUGGAUGAUGUGCAACCAGUUCGUGAAAUGCAAAAUUACUUCCCAACUUUGCCCAAUGAAAUAAUUUAUGUUCCUGAUCCAAAGUUUUUUGUUCUCAGCAAAGAUGGAGUGAAGCUUUAUAAAGGAGAAUCUCUUGUGAUAGAGGGUGAGAACAUGAGACUUGCCAGUACUGAAGGUGAAAUCAAUGUAACAAUUGGAACUUGUUCAUGCAACUUGACAUCAUUGAGUAUGACACAGUUGGUAUGCCUUCCUCCAGAAGUUCAGCCAGUUGGUACUGAUGAAGCUGGGCGGAAAACAGAAAAUAGUCUGCCUAUGGUGGUUGUAAGAGCUGGCACUAAUUUACGUUACCAGAUAGGAUAUUUGCGUUAUGAAGUUGCCAAAACUUAUGAAUUUCCACCGGAAGCUAUUGGAGGCAUCGCAGCAGGGGGUGCCAUUUUGGUGCUUUUGAGUUUGAUAAUAUUGGCUGCGCUGCGGCAUAAAAGUUCUCAGGCAGAAAGGGAGUAUAAAAGAAUUCAAUUGCAAAUGGACACUUUGGAGAACAGUGUAAGAUCUGAGUGUAAGCAAGCGUUUGCUGAACUGCAAACAGAUAUGUCAGACUUGAAUAAUGACAUACAAGCUACUGGUGUGCCAACGCUAGAUCACCGUACGUUUGUGAUGAAAGUAUUUUUCCCUGGUGUUACGGACAAUCCAGUUAUCGAAGAGUGCAAGCAAAUUAAUGGGCCACAGAACAUGUAUGAAAUUGCCAUGGUGCAAUUUGAACAACUUCUGUGUAAUCGAAAUUUUUUGCUUGUAUUUAUCGAAACUUUGGAAGACCAGAAGUCUUUUAGUAUUAGAGAUAAGGUAAAUGUGGCGUCACUUUUUAUGAUAAUUUUCCUAGAAAAGAUGGAAUAUGCUACAAGUAUAUUGAAGGAAUUGCUACUUCGUUUGAUUGAUAAAUAUGUUGGAACCAAACAUCCACAGCUUAUGCUACGAAGAACUGAGUCUGUUGUGGAAAAAAUGCUGACAAAUUGGAUGGCUCUUUGCAUGUACAAUUAUAUAAAGGAUCAAGCUGGUGGAUCUUUAUUCCUUCUAUUCAGUGCAAUAAAACAUCAGGUAGAAAAAGGACCUGUUGAUGUGAUCACACAUGACGCUCGGUAUUCUUUAUCUGAAGAACGAUUGCUUAGGGAACAAAUUGAAUACUCUUCAGUGACGAUACAAGUUAUCCAUGAGGAUCAAGAUGAAAAGAUGCAAUGUAGAGUCAAUGACUGUGAUACAAUAAGUCAAGUAAAGGCUAAAAUUUUAGACUCACUGUAUAAAAACACUCCAUUUUCUCAAAGGCCAUCAAUAUAUGAUGUAGAUCUUGAAUGGAGGCAUGGUCGGGGAGGUCAUCUCAUACUUGCUGAUGAAGAUCUCACAACAAAAGUAGUCAAUGGAUGGAAGAGAAUCAACACACUCGCUCAUUAUGGCAUUCAUGAAUCAGCUGUCAUGUGUUUAGUUGCAAGGAGAAAAGAAAUGCUCAAUUGCCUUCGUUCAGCUUACAACGGACCACUAUUUAAUGGCUCUCCGCAGUUAGGGAACUGUAUAGAAGAUGGUCCAAGAGUAAGAUUCUGGCAUCUAGUCAAAAACAUUGAUGAUCAUCAUGACUACCAUAAAGAUCACAGUCAUAAAGCCAUUCCAGAGAUCUUUCUAACCCGGUUGCUAUCGACAAAAGGAACCAUUCAGAAGUUUGUGGACGAUUUCUUGACGACCAUUCUCUCGGCUAAAGAAUCAUUACCUCCAGCUGUAAAGUGGUUGUUUGAUCUUUUUGACGAGGCGGCAGCUCGGUACGGCAUUUCUGACCCAGAGGUUGUGCAUGCCUGGAAAAGCAACAGCCUACCUCUAAGAUUCUGGGUAAAUCUUGUGAAAAAUCCUGAUUUUGUGUUUGAUAUCGAGAAGACUCCUAUUGUCGAUUCUUGUUUGUCAGUGAUUGCUCAAACGUUUAUGGAUUCUUGCUCUACUUCAGAACAUAGGUUGGGAAAGGAUUCCCCAUCUAAUAAGCUUCUGUUUGCAAGAGACAUUCCUACAUACAGAAAAAUGGUGAACAGGUUUUACCAAGAUGUUGCAAAUUUACCUCCUGUCACGGAGCAAGAAAUGUGUGUUUCUUUACAAAUGCUAUCAAUGGCUCAUUCUGGAGAAGUUGAUACAAUAAAUGCCUUAAAAGAGCUGUAUAUAUAUGUAUCGAGAUACGCAAGUCAAAUUUUGGAAGCUUUGGAUACAGACCCCAUCUGUCAGUCACAGCAUCUGGCUCGCAAACUCGAGACUGUCGCAUACACAGUGGGAGGUGAAGCAUCUCUGUGUUGA